AUUUUCCGUGUCCCUUAGCGCAUUAGAAGGCCCUCCAAGGUAUGGUUAUUUUUUUAUUUCUUUUUCGUUUCUUUUUCCUUAUCCCCAGUUUCCGUCCGACACGUGCAUGCAUGCGACUCCAUUUCUUACAUUUCCCUGCAAGCCGAUUUUACCACUCAAGCCGCCCUUAUUAGUUAGUUAUGGCUUUAAAUCCCCAGACAAUGAAUGGGCUGUCCUGUCCGGCCGUGUCAUUUGCCCACCUUUUCCCUCCAGCGGCCCCAACUAUCUCUUUGCUUUUUCUGUUGUUUCUUCUGCCAGCCCUCUCGUAUUUUUUGCAUGGGUUUCUUGUGGGACAGACAAAUGCUGCGUGACGGAUGCUCCGAGCAUAUAUCUAUAUAUCUCUGUGUCUGCCAUCCCAUCCGCAAACACUCCCCAAGCAGCAUGUAUCCGCAACGAGCCAUGCUCCCCAUCAUACAGACCCCCCCCUGUGAUCUGAACUUGUAUCUGUCGCGACUCUUCCUGCGAACAUGUCGAUAACCGAACUAGAUACAGGCGCCGGCACCAGCGAUACAGAUUCGUACCACUGCUUCGAAGACCCGUUCUUCGUCCCUGUAUGGGAGAGAAGUCACGUGAAGUGCGCGCAGAAUCUCCUCGAGUGCGACGGCGAACCCAUCGAAUACGACGACGAGGAAGAGGACUUUAUAGAUAACUGUUUCUUCUUCCCCGAAGACUGCUCCUGCUCUUCGACCAAGACAUCAUCGACCUUCAGCACUGAUGUCACUGACCCCGAACUCGACGAUAUCAACCCUGCCGAGAUGAUCCCAGAGCUGCCGGGCAUCAAAAUGCUGGACACGGAAGCCCUGACCAACCUGCUAGAGGAUAACCUAUGCCCCCCAGAGAUUACCUCUAUUAUGAUAUUCGCUACAAAUGGGGCCAUUUUCGCGCAUGCCUCCUCACUUCCUGCACGCAAACUACGAAACCUGAGCGCGACAUACGGCGCCGCGUAUUUAUCAUAUGCAGUAAAUGCCCCCGCUGGUAACCUGACUGGCGUUAACCCCUCCAGCCAUCCCUCAUCAUUUGUAACAACACCCUCCGUGCCAUUAGGCGAUGUUGGGUCGAUAGUCUUCGAAUUCGAAAACCUAGCCGCGGUCGUCACCAAAAUCGCAGACAAAGUCCUCCUCGCUGUCGUGGGUCCCAGCCAUAUUAACCCACCGCAGGACCAGCAACAGCCGCCCCCAUCCUCUAAUGGUGAUGGACGCGACCGCGCACCGCCUGGGUCUGCAGCAAGCGAUACAGAACGAGCCACCGCCGGAGCCGAAUCCUACUCAACAGCAUUCGACAGCCACCCGAUGGACCACCCUAAUCCCACGAGUCUUGCAUCAUCAGCACCCAACCCAACCUGUACACCGGCAGCAGCGCUGCACGAAAGGGUAGCCUCAGCAGCAACAGCAGAACGUCCUCUAACACCUGCUUAUAACGACUCGGACGCGGCGCUACAGCUGCAGUGGGAAAUCGACCGCAGCAACGACCUAGACCGCCUCGCGAGUCUGAAUCUUGACUCGUCGCCUGCAGUGCUUCUGGCCCUGGAAUCCAAGUCCGCUGCCCUGGGGAAGUUCCUGAGUAACAAGCUACAGGAUCUUGAGUAUCCGGAUGAUUUCUGA